UACUUUCGUACCAUGAAAAGGAAACGUGAAAUCGGAGACAUCUUGGUUCUGUGACGGGAGAUAUCUGCCACUCUCAAAAUAUUUCAAGUUUCCCGUGAAAGGAAACACGUUCAUUUGGAGUAGUAUAUGUCAACACGCCGUUAUGUGUUUUUCGUCGUCGGAGUAGAUGCCACAUUGACUCCGGAUAAUAAUGGCGACUUGAUUUCCGUUUGAUCUGCCAGCGAUGUGCAGUGUAAACACAGCUCCCAAAUGUCAUGAACACAAGUAAGAAUGGACGGGUGGGUUUCAGUCGUAGCACCAGAUAAUGAUCGAUCUAGCUCCGAGGGCGAAUACAUUGCCGAACCCUGUCCCGAACAUGAAACCAAGGAGGCGGAGAACGGAACGCAGCGGAGGACUGUGGAGAGGAUGGAGGACGGGGGCACGAAUGUCGAAUUUGGGGAGGGCAAAGUGGUGUUAGGACGAGUCGGACAGAGGGACGACAAAGAACUUCGGUACUUGCACUUGUUAUGGGAACCGGGGCGAGCAGAGGCUGGAGCCGGCGGUGUGACAGGCAAGCUGGGGAAGAUGACCGGGAGCAGGGCCAGGCGGUUCCACCGAGCCACACGGACUCCUAUUGGUAAAGAUAUCUAUGCUGUAAAGAGACUGAGGGAAGCAGCAAACAGCAAUGACAUCGACACAGUCCGGAAGCUCCUGCAGGAUGACAUCGACCCCUGUGCCGCAGAUGACAAGGGAAGGACAGCCUUACAUUUUUCUUCCUGCAAUGGCAACGAGAGCAUCGUGCAGUUACUGCUGAGCUACGGUGCAGACCCCAACCAGCGUGACAGUCUGGGAAACACCCCACUCCAUUUGGCGGCCUGUACAAACCACGUGCCUGUCAUCACCACAUUGCUGAGAGGAGGGUCACGUGUGGAUGCCCUUGACCGAGCAGGUCGGACCCCUCUACAUCUCGCACGCUCCAAACUUAACAUUCUGCAAGAAGGAGAUUCCCGAAGCUUAGAAACCCUGAGAGGAGAAGUGACACAGAUUAUUCAAAUGCUGAGGGAAUAUCUGAAUUUAAUGGGCCAAAGUGAAGCUAAAGAGAGACUGGAGCACAUUUCGACCCAGCUGCAACACACACAAACCAAAGAGCAAGUGGAUGAGGUGACUGAUUUACUGGCCAGCUUUACUUCACUCAGUCUACAGAAACAGAAUUUGGGAGACAGGUAGAGGAUUAAAAAGCAGAUUUCCUGCUGCGUUUUAAAGCAAGCCUCGGCUCCUCUAUCCUGAAUACAACUCAUUUUAAUCUGGACUCCAAUCCCAAAUGCACUACUAUUGUAGCGCGUGUCAUUCACAAAUCCUACAAUUAUGGACAUUUCUCUUGUCACAACGAUUUACUGGAUCCCAGCACAGAAAUGUAAUGAUCAUACAAAUGAGCAAAGUAUAAAAAUGAGAGUUUUAAGUGAAUGAUGUUUGUAAAAAUCAAGAAGAAGGCACAACUGCUGUUGUGUUAUGUUUUCUGUUUGAACAGUCUGAAAGUUGUCUGUGAAGUGCUGGUUAUAUUCUUGUAGUUAGGUCUUUGUGAAACAAUCCCUAUUCAGGGCAUAUUUUGCCCCAAACAACAGUGAUGGCAUUUGGUUUAAUUCGCUUCUCCAUUUGUCUCUCGUUAGUGGACCAAAGCUUUCCUCCUGUCAUUUUUGUUUCCUCUGUUGUAUCCUCAAUUUGUCUGUUUUCAGACUAAAAUCUUGAAAAAUUUAUUUAGAGGGUGCAUCACAAAGCUACCUCCAUUGUGCCAAAAAAGGUAACAGUAAUUACUUGAUCUUUCUGGGCUUCUGACUGUUCAGCAGCAGAAAGGCUGUGGCAGAAGGUGGCAUUCCCCAGUAGUAUACAAUAUAAAAUGCUUUUGAGGUGUAUUUGAAUGUGUGGUUCUGAGUUCCAGGUAGUUAAUUUCAAGGGAAUUUUGUAUUUACUUUCUGCUAAUGCCAGUGGACAUUGAAUGCAGCACACACAACAGACUGGAAAGUAGUAUCCAGAUUCAGCCCAGAAGACUGGUGUGAUGUGCUGUGUCUGUCUCCCUGCCUUUGUUUUAUCAUUACACAUAUUAUUUUAUCUAACUAUGUGAGCAGCCAGUUUUAAUGUUUUACUUUUGUUUGUUUUUUCAUCACAGGAAACUUUGAAUAGCAUACCUUAUUGCAUGUUAAUGUUUAACUGUUGUGUAAAAACAUGGUCAAAAAGCUAUGUCUGAUUCAAUAAAUGCUUAUCUAU